CUGCAAAAAGUUUAGAACCACUGUUGUAAGUGAUCGAGAAAUCUAGGAGCCAACACACUGUGUAGACGAGUUCACGGUCCCCUAGUGGACGUCACGUGAUCUCCCACAGGUUGGUGUGUCUGCAAACCACGAAUACAAGUCUUCAGCACUAAGACCAGCACAAAACAAGUUACACCAUGUCAACCCCAGCUCACAAGCAGCAGAAGGACUCAGAAAUUAAAGCUCUAAUCUUCGAGGUGACGUUCUACGCCGUGUUCCUGGUGUGUUUUCUGUCCAUGUCAUUCAGCGCCCGAGACCCACGCGCAUUUAUUUAUCAUCGAACUACGUCACAGCUGGUUACAGAUGACGCAGUUAGAGAGCAGGUUCUGACCUCCUAUGACAUCUGGAAGUGGGCCCACAAGAAGCUGCUGAAGUUUUUGUAUGUCGAGCUAGACUGGCGUGGUACUCGGCUGGAACCAGCAUCAAAACUGGUCUCAACACAUGCGUCCUACAGGCUUGGCCCCAUUCGUCUUAGGCAGCACCGGGUGGCCCACGAUUUUUGCACUUCUGCCUCCAAUUUUCUGCACCUGAAUGUCACAUGCUGUCCCAGCUGGUCACAGGCUGACCGGGAGUGGACACACUACGGCCACGGCUGGGCUAAAUACCAGGAACAAAGAGAGCUAACCCACACAGCUUCACCAGUGAACGACAGCUAUAGCCCAGCUUCAACAGUGAACGAGAGCAUAAGCUCACUCUAUUCAAAAUACUACAGUACCGCUUGGAAAUACCAGACGUGGUCAGAUAUCGGCGGUCUGCCCAUUACUGGUGCCCUGGGCGUGUACCCGCCAGGUGGUUAUGCCCUGGAUGUGGUGGGCACAAAAGCUGAAGCAGCCGCAGCCUUCGAGUACCUGGAGGAGAGCGCGUGGAUAGACCAUAAGACACGUGUGGUCAUCUUUGAAGUCAGCAUCUACACGGCCAACCUGGAUAUGUACGCCAUGAUCACCGCUCUCUUUGAGUUUCAUCAAGCGCACCUGGCGGCGGGGAACAUUCACAUUCACCCAUUCAGGUUGUACCGCUAUUCUGAAGACUACCCAGUGACGAGGAUGGCUUGUGAAGCUUUUGUCUACGCCUCUCUCCUCUUCUUCUGGGCCCGGCAUCUUUACUUCAUCUGCAAGCAGGGCGUCGGCUACUUUAAGCACAUGUGGAACCUACUGGAGGCUUUGAACCUUUUGACCUCCACGUCAGCCAUCGCCCUCUCAGUCGGUCGAAACAUUGUAUCCGAUGACGUCACCAAGGUGGUCAUCAAGGACGAAGGACACUUCUACAACUUUCAAACGCUGGCCAUGUGGGAGCUGCUCACUGGAUAUCUGUCCGGGUUCGCAUGUUUCCUGUCGAGCGUGCAGGUCUUGAACCUGCUACGGUUUAACCGACGAAUGUCCGUGCUCGGUGUCACCAUGGGGCUGGCGGCAGAUGACCUCUGGCCGUUCUCGCUGGUCUUUACCAUAGUCCUGAUAGCCUUCGCGUCAUCCUGCCAUCUGGUGUUUGGCCCGUGGCUACGGGGCUACAAGACAUUGGUUGACACGUACGAGAGCUUGCUGCAAAUGGCGCUGGGACAACUAGAGUAUCAGAGUCUGCAUGGAGUAAACAACAUCUUUGCGCCUGUCUAUAUCUUCCUCUACUCCAUAUUUAUCAUCCACCUGCUGCUGAACAUUCUCAUCACCAUCCUCGUGGACUCCUAUGCUGUGGUGCGAAAAGACAACCAGCCCAAUGAUUACGAAUUAAUUGAUUACAUAAUAGGAAGGGUGACCGGCUUUCUUUGGAGCUACAGCCCCUUUCGCCGCGUGUGGGCUUGUGCACAUUACAUGGGAAUAUUGAGGUCCAAAAAACCCAGCAGCAAGCGAAGAGUGAGUAAGAAACGCCAGGAAAAACGGCUGUCGUUUCCUCAUUUGAUGAUGUUGUACAAGGAGGCAACAGACGGCAUGGAGAGGGAGAGAGCCAUCACCAGCAGACUAUACGCCAGAUGGAAUCAGGUGGAAGAAAUAGUAAACCGGAUGUGGGGAGACAUGGACACGUCACCAGCAUGGAACACGGAGGUCAAGGCCAGGGGCGCACGCGCAAAAAUUUCAUGCGAGGUUGAGGUGGACAUUGCAAUAAGAAAAUCUCAGGAAGGUAAAGGCAGCGAUCAGAUAGCUGACCACAAAGACGAGAAAGAUAAACUCUAUGAUCUGAAAGCUAAACUCUUUGAGAAAAUUGAUCAUCAGAAACCUCCAAGAUGUAUGUGCAAGAAGCCUGAUGACCUAGUUAUCUUAAGAAAGACCAGGCUCAACUCCUCAGGUGCCAGUCUGGAUGAGUCCGGGCGCUGGCUGGACGCGAGUACUUCAGAGGUGCCGCUGUUGGACGUGAGUUCUCUCUCAUGCUACAGUGGGUCUGGUACCGGCUGCUACAGCGGGUCUGGUACCGGCUGGACUGGUCCCAGCGGCCAGGACGGGAAGGGGCGGGCUUUCUCUCUCCACCCUGCUGGGGCUGAGGGCGACUCGCCAGCCUGGGUCCUGACGUCAUCUCGUCUCCUGUCCCCAGAAUCAUCACGUGACCUGUCGUUGUCCACUGAAUUGGACUUGACCACCAGCAGUGACGUCGCACUUCUCAGUCCCACUGGACAGUCCCAGCAAACAUGUUUGUAGGCCACACCAAAUGUUUGUUGGCCACACCAAACAUGUUUGUUGGCCACACCAAAUGUUUGUAUGCGACAACUAACGUGUUUGUAGGCCACACCAAAUGUUUGUUGGCCACACCAAACAUGUUUGUUGGCCACACCAAACAUGGAAGUCUUUGUCUUUUUUCCCCAGUUCUUCUUGUAUGUGCUUUAUGUAUGUCUGGUUGUUUUUUGUAUGUCUGGUGUGUGUUUAAAGCUUUAGUAAAACAGCAGCAGUAAUGUAGCGUAUAUGGGGGUUCAUUCAAGUUACAAGCAAAGAAUUUUCUAACAACUAACAUUGUCAACAUUCAAACCCGAGGUCAAAGGAAUUAAACAUUAACAAAUAAUGCAACGAAAUAAAAAACAAAUCAAUGUCUUCUUUAAUGAAAUUCUACAUUGAAAAUGUAAUAAAAUGUGAAGAACCUAUGUCAUUAUUGAAU